GCGAAGGCGCGCACUUUAUGCAGAUGGGGAUUUACAUGCAGAAGGGCAUAGGGAUGUGGCUGGUAGAACCAAUCUUCUAAUGCGCCCCUGGGUACGCUCCGAUUUCUCAGGGCUUUUCAACGUCGGUCUCCCUUGCACAAUCGAGCAAUCCAUCCGGCUGUGCUUUGCGAUUACUCGCAAACAGAAAUCCUAGAUAGAUUCGAGGAGCUCCAUUUCGCAUAUACCCCUCUCGAACCACACAAACAUGGCUGACGACAGUACGGCCACUGCGAAGCUCCCGAAGGUGUCGGAUGGGCGUAAUGUCAUCUCUCCCGAGCCCGGGGAAUCGAAGGAAAUCCCCAUCGCCGCAAGGCUGAAAGGGCCUGGUCCGGCGGCUUAUGGUCUGCCAUCUACGCUCGGAGUGAGCGAACCAACGAUCAAAAGAGCUCCUGCAUAUUCCUUUGGAGUGAAACUCAAGUACGAGCGACAGGUUCGGGCGACACCUGGACCGAACGCAUUCUUCCCGCAAACCACUAGGGUCGGGCGCUCGAAAGGCCCUGCGUUCUCGUUGCAAGGGGGAUAUAAGAAGAGAACUACCGGAGGCGAUUUUGAUACACCGGGUCCCGGGAAGUACAACCCCACAUACGUCGCCGGGCGGGAGCCCAAGGCCCCCGCGUACAGCAUGGGAGGCCGGCGUAGCGCAAGGAUGACCAACGAAAAUCCGGGACCUGCCCAAUACAACGUUGCUGCUACUCUGGGUUUGCAUCCGGCGAUCACGAUCACGGCUGCUGCUGCGUUCACUAUCAAGCCUCCGCGACCCACGAAAUUGGAAUCGAACUCGCCCGGACCUGCUGCGUACUCCUCGUUGGAUCCCGCCAAGAUCAAAAAAUCGGCCCCGGCUUACUCACUCGGCUCGAGAUGGCAUAACCCGACCAAUAGCCCGUUUGGAGAAGCGAGCGAAACGUUUGAACUGCGAACAGCCAGCGGAAAGACUCUGAGGACGGUGACCCCCGGUCCGGGACAAUACUCGCCCAACGUAAUCUUCAGCAAAACCGCUAUGCCACAAUUCUCUUUCCGAUGCAAGCACUCUGAAUUCGAGCUCUUCGUCCCCGACUCUUCCCAAGACGAGUUCAUCUUCUAAGUAGUUUGGGGGGCUGUGCCAUGGGUUGCUAAGCCAGGGGAAGCUCAUCACACCAGUAGAAUCGCGCAGGGGAGCUGCGAAGGAGGCUGCUUUAUCAUAAAUAGGCUUUUGGGGACAGAGAUAUGCGAGAUCACUAUGGCUAGGCUAAAUGAAUAAUCCCUUGAAUACAUUGACUGAUCC